GAGGGAGGAGGAGGGAGGAGGAGGGAGGGAGGAGAAUGGGGAUUGUGAAAGGGGAGCCCCGCCCAGCCCCGCCUACGAGGAGGGAGGGAGGAGGAGAAGAAGAAGAAGAAGAAGAAGAAGCAUAAGGACGAGUCGAAACAGGAGGAAGAAGGGAGGAGGGAGGAGUAUUCGGGGCCAUGUCCGUCGAUCACACAGAGAGAAGGAGACGAAGGGAGGGGAAGGGAAGAAGAAGGGAGAAAGAAAUAGUAAGUAAGUUAUGUAACUAAUCAACAUCUCUCUGGCUCUCUCUGGCUCUCUCUGGCUAUCUCAGAGUCAGCAAUGUUACUUCUACUAGUAGUACCCCACCAUCCCAUCCAUCCCCGUCUGCUUCCUUCCUUCCUUACUCCCUCCCCACUCCAGCCAUCUCUCUCUCUGCCCCUCUUCCGCUCCCUCUCUCCGUCAUUCUCUCUGUCUGUCUCACUCUUUCCUCUCCCUCACGAAUCUGGCCACACUUACUUUACUGCAGCAGCUCCUCCCUCCCUCCCUCCCUCCCUCCCUCCCUGUUGCCCUGUUCCCUCCUCCUCCUGCAUGGCUUUUGUUUACAGCCCUUUCGUGUCUCCGCCGUAGCUGCUGCUGCUGCUGCUGCUGCUGGCAUUUGCGUUCGGAUUUUCGGGUUCUGUGAGGUGUCGCUGUGGUUGCAGUUGCGGGCUUGCUUUCGAUUUUUUGUGAGGAGGGUGAAAUUCGAGGGAUAGGAGGGAGAGUGAGAGGAAGAGGUGGUGGUGGUGUUGCUCUUUUCUUUCUCUUUCUUUUUAGAUUUUUAGAUUUCUUUUUUUUCUUUUUUUUCUUUUUUUUAAGAUUGAGUUGAUUAGGAUUUCCGAAUUUCGAGAUUCGGUGGUUUGUGAUUUUGGUUGUUUUCGGCAAUUCUGGUGGAUGUGAGUGGGAGAGUGAUUGUGAGCUGGCGGAUUGAAGGAGACUAAGGAGGGGUAGGUCAGCGAUGCGAGGAAGAGUUGACGUGGUGAGCGUUGGGCGGGGCCCUUAGGUUUCAGUCAGGUUGGUGGGGUAGUAGUGUAGAAUUUGAUGUCGCAGAAAAAGAGAUUAAGCAGCAGUAGCGGAGGAAGCGGUGGCAUCUCGCUGAAUAUGAUAUCAGCUACCAAGAAGCCAAAGAACCAGCAGCAGACAUCAAUACCGGAUGGGUUUGAGAAAAAUGGAAAACUGGGGAUGGCUGUAGAGGUCACCAAUUCUGAUAUGAUGUUAAUGAAUGGCGUUGAGGACCAUCUUGCAUCUGCUGGGCCGGCAUCGGCGAUGACUGUGAGUAGUAGUCCUGGAAUCGGGACUACAGCGAACUUAUCACGGAAGAAGGCCACUCCACCGCAGCCUGCGAGGAAGUUGGUAAUCAAGCCUUUCAAAGAGAAACCAAAGCUGCCUAAAGACUUCGAAGAAGUGACAUGGGCCAAGCUCAGAGAAGCCGUAACUGCAAUUCACUUAAAGCAGCCCGUGAAUUGCAGUUUAGAGGAGCUAUAUCGGGCUGUAGAGGACCUCUGCCUUCACAAGAUGGCAGGGAAUUUGUACAGGAGACUGCAGCAGGAGUGUGAAAGUCACAUUUCAGUCAAGCUGCGAGACCUUGUAGGACGCAGUCCUGAUUCUGUGGUGUUCCUGUCUCAUGUUGAAAGUUGCUGGCAAGAUCAUUGCGACCAAAUGCUUCUUAUCCGAAGCAUUGCGCUCUAUCUGGAUCGAACCUAUGUUAUCCCGAAUUCAGGUGUUCGAUCGUUGUGGGAUAUGGGUUUGCAACUUUUCCGCCGCCAUCUUUCAGCUUGCCCUGAAGUUGAGUCCAAGACUGUCUCUGGUCUUCUCACGCUUAUCGAGAAGGAGAGGAUGGGAGAGACUGUGGAUCGGAGUUUACUGAAACACUUGCUACGAAUGUUUAGUGCUCUUUGUAUAUAUUCAGAGAGCUUUGAGAGGCGGUUCUUAGAUUGUACUGCCGAUUUCUAUGCAGCUGAGGGGAUACGCUUUAUGCAGCAAACAGAUGUGCCUGAUUAUCUUAAACAUGUUGAGAAUCGACUUCAUGAAGAGAAUGAGCGGUGCCUGCUCUAUCUGGAUGGAAGUACUCGGAAAUCACUGGUGGCUACUGCUGAGAAACAACUUCUUAGUCGUCAUACAACUGCAAUUCUGGAGAAGGGGUUCAGCAUGUUGAUGGAUGCGAAUCGUUUGGCAGAUCUUCAACGGAUGUACAUGUUGUUUGCACGGGUGAAUACCUUGGAGUCCUUGAAGAUGGCCCUGAGCACUUAUAUCAAGGCGACGGGAAAUAGCACUGUGAUGGAUGAAGAAAAGGAUAAGGAUAUGGUGUCUUGGCUUUUAGAUCUGAAGGCCCGACUUGAUGCUAUCUGGGAAGAGAGCUUCUUUAGGAAUGAAACUUUUUCCAACACUUUGAAGGAUGCGUUCGAGCAUCUGAUCAAUCUGCGUCAGAAUCGGCCUGCUGAGCUUAUUGCUAAAUUCAUUGAUGGAAAGCUGCGUUCUGGCAAUAAGGGAACCUCAGAAGAGGAGCUGGAGGGCAUUCUUGAUAAAGUGCUGGUGCUUUUUAGAUUCAUUCAGGGUAAAGAUGUAUUUGAAGCUUUCUACAAGAAGGAUCUUGCUAAGCGCUUGCUUCUAGGAAAGAGCGCCUCCAUUGAUGCAGAGAAAUCCAUGAUAUCAAAGCUCAAGACGGAAUGUGGGAGUCAGUUCACAAACAAACUGGAAGGAAUGUUCAAGGACAUCGAGCUUUCUCGAGAAAUCAACGAGUCAUUUAGGCAGUCUGCUCAGGCACGGCUAAAGCUCCCCUCCGGAAUUGAGAUGAACGUUCACGUCCUCACUACUGGCUAUUGGCCUACAUAUCCACCCAUGGAGGUUAGGCUUCCACGCGAGCUCAAUGUGUAUCAGGACAUAUUCAAGGAGUUUUAUCUAAGUAAGCACAGUGGGCGACGUCUGAUGUGGCAAAACUCUUUGGGUCAUUGUGUGCUGAAGGCCAACUUCCCAAAAGGAAAGAAGGAGCUGUCUGUUUCUCUUUUCCAGACUCUAGUGCUGAUGCUCUUCAACGAUGCCCAGUCUUUGACUUUUCACGACAUUAAAGAUACUUCUGCCAUUGAGGACAAGGAGCUUCGCAGAACCCUUCAAUCAUUGGCGUGUGGUAAAAUUCGUGUUUUGAACAAGAUACCAAAGGGCAGAGAAGUGGAAGAUGAAGACACAUUUGUUUUCAAUGAGGACUUUGUUGCUCCUCUCUUCCGAAUCAAGGUCAAUGCAAUACAAUUAAAGGAAACUGUUGAGGAGAAUACGACUACAACAGAGCGAGUCUUUCAGGACCGCCAAUAUCAGAUCGAUGCUGCAAUCGUACGGAUCAUGAAAACACGCAAGGUGUUAAGUCACACAUUGUUAAUAACUGAACUAUUUCAGCAGCUGAAAUUUCCAAUUAAACCAGCUGACUUGAAGAAAAGAAUCGAGAGCUUGAUUGACCGGGAGUACCUUGAAAGGGACAAAGCCAAUCCUCAGAUCUACAACUACCUUGCUUAGAUAUUCUAGAACUGAUAUGAUAAGCUGUUGAAUCUUCUGGCUAUUUUGGGAGGCAGAGUUUGCUAUGUUGACAUUCUUCCUCCUGUUUCUGUAAACAAUUUUUCUAGCACACUAUCAUAUCUCAUUUGGAAGUGAACACUUUCGACAUGUUUAUGUUGGUGGCUUCACUUCAAUGACCCAGUUUGUUUAUAUACACUAGGAGAAUCUAGUUUGUGGUCGCUUGUUUCUUUCAGGGAUCGUCUGCCUGGCAUGUGGGAGCUUUGCUGGUUCCCAUCAAGUAGAAACCUUUUUCACAUCGAGGAGCAGCCUAGCAGUCCCUUAGCUACUAUGCGCUGAUCCUCAAUUUUAUGAUCCUCAGCAAUGCAGCUUCUUAGCAACUGUGAAGCCUAUUUUCAGCUCCAAUCCAGGUUUUGAGCACAUGGCCUUCUUUCAAUCAUGUCUGGGAGAUCGUUAUAGAACUGCGUCCUCAUGUAUUUUAACACACACUUUUAAGCAUUAAGUUUUCAUUUUCA